AUGUUUAGAAUCACCAUAGCAUCAAAUGAUCUUCCAAAGUUCAUCGCCAACCGCCUUAGUCUCUUCACCAACUUCAUUGCGCCAGUACUUCUCUGCUUAACCUUGGCAAUACUUCUGCUCUCAAAAAUCUUCAAGUCAAAACCUUCACGGAAGGUUUUUUUAUUAGAUUUUGCAUGUUACAAGCCUCCAGCCAGCCAAAUGUGGAGCAAAGAACUCACAAUGGAAAGAGCCAGGCACCACUUCACCAACUUGUCAGAGGAAGCUUUACUGUUCAUGGAAAAAAUCCUGGAGAAAUCAGGGAUUGGUCCGUCCACCUACUUGCCAGACGCAUUUAGAAGCGAACAACCGAACGAAUGCAUGGAAGAGGUGAGGAAAGAGAGCGAGAUGGUGAUUUUUGGUGCUGUGGAUGACAUAUUGGCAAAGACUGGAGUGAAGGGCAAGGAUAUAGGGAUAGUGAUAGUGAAUUGUUGUAUUUUUAAUACGGUUCCAUCUCUUUCUGCCAUGAUAAUUAACAGGUACAAGCUAGGAGAUAAGGUGGUCAGCUAUAGUCUUAGCGGGAUGGGUUGCAGUGCUGGGCUCGCAGCUAUAGGCCUUGCCAAACAGCUGCUCCAGGUACACAGAAAUUCCUACGCUCUGGUGGUGAGCACAGAGAACAUCACCGGAAACCGCUACCUGGGUAAGGAUCGUUCUAUGAUCUUGAUCAACUGCCUAUUCCGUGUUGGUGGGGCAGCCGUCCUCCUCUCAAACAAGCCAUCGGAUCGCCAUGCUGCCAAGUAUCAGCUCAUCCACGCCGUCCAUACCAACACAGCUGCUUCUGACCUAUCCUACAACUGCAUUUCAAGUGCCGAAGACGCAGAAGGACUCGCGGGUGUCGCAAUUACCAAGAGUCUCAUGCCAGUAGCCAUCAAGACCAUUGAAGCCAACUUAACCACACUAGGCCAACUAGUCCUUCCCGUAUCAGAAAAGAUCCUUUUCAUCGCAAAUUACAUUGCUAGGCAUUUCAACCUGGAAAAGAUCAAACCGUACGUCCCUGAUUUCAUGAAGGCCAUUGACCACAUCGUCACUCACGUUGGUGGCCAACCUGUGCUCGAUGAAGUGGAGAGAAACCUGAAGUUAAGUAAAAAUGAUAUGGAAGCUUCAAGAAUGACUUUGUACAGGUUUGGCAACACUUCUUCUAGUUCAGUGUGGUAUGGGCUGGCAUAUACUGAGGCUAAGGGCAGGAUUAAGAAAGGUGAUCGUGUGUGGCAGAUUGCAUUUGGGUCUGGGUUCAAGUGUAAUAGUUUGAUCAUGAAAGCAAUGAGGGAUGUUGAUCUUGAGGAAAAGAAUCCUUGGAGUGAUGAGAUUGAUGGGUUUCCCGUAGCCCUGAUGAGCUCUGAUGGGACCUUUCCAUUUGAUUUUAAACCAUCCAAAUAGAUAUGAUCAUGAUGACAGCGGGCCGGAUCGGAGCCCAUUAAUUACUGCCAGUUUAAUUUGUCCUCACCUUCGUCCCCUUUUAAGGUUGUUGGGUUUCAUUCCUCUCGCACAAACGUGUUCUGCCUCGUAGCACUUAAAAGUUUGAAAUUGCCAAGGUUUUUUGGUUAUCAAUAAAAUAAAAGUUUCUUUUUUUCUU